AUAGCUCGAGAGCGCCUUAUAUAAAGCAUGCAAAUCAAAGCUAUGAAUCCCAUCUUCACAAGAAAGCUUGAAAAGAAGAAUAGAUAAUUAGAGUUAAUUAGAUAAGAGUGAUGGCUAGCUCCAUAGCAUCUUCUUGGAGAGAACUCAGUGGCGAGAAAUGCUGGAAGGAUCUAUUGCAUCCUCUUGACCUUGAUCUUCGCCGCUAUAUUAUUCACUAUCUUCAAAGGGCUGGAGCUGCUGGGGACCCCUUCAACGGGAACAAGGCAUCUAAGGGUUACGGACUUAGCCUAUAUCCACCAGAUGAGUUUUUUGCUAGGGACGGUCUUGGAAUUGCAAACCCAUACAGGUAUCAAGUGACCAACUUUAUAUAUGCCGCCACUAGUACUAAUGAGUCCGAAUGGUUUGGUUAUGUGGCGGUAGCCACAGAUGACGGAAAGGCUGCUCUAGGAAGGAGGGAUAUUCUGGUUUCAUGGAGAGGAACCAUAACAAACGUGGACUGGGCCGAUGAUGCAAAAUUCUUCCCGACAUCAGCUAAAGAAUUAUUCAAAACUGACUUGGCUCAGGUGCACUCCGGCUUUCUCUCCAUUUAUACAGGGACGGUAGAUUCCCCUUACAGUACGACCAGCGCAAAGGAACAGGUUCGAAGUGCGGUCAAGGAACAGGUUGACAAGUACCAGAAUGAGGAUGUAAGCAUAACUGUUGUAGGCCAUAGCUUGGGCGCCGCACUUGCAACCCUGAAUGCUAUGGACAUAGUUUUCAAUGGUUUUAAUACGCCAACAGACUCGGAUAAGGCGUUCAUGGUCACCGCUUUUACAGCUGCCAGCCCUCGCGUUGGAAAUGAAUUCUUCAGGGGAGUAUUUGAUUUUGAUGAACUUAAGCAUCUUCGUCUUCUACGCAUUGUAAAUACCACGGAUCCCAUUCCUAAGGUUCCCUGGUUACAUGGCUUCUACGUCCAUGUGGGAGAAAAGCUUGAAAUUGACACGACGAAAUCAACAUAUUUGAAAUCGAAUGCUAAUCCUCACAAUUUGGAUGUCUACGCGCAUGGAGUUGCAGGGGUACAAGAAAAUGGAGAAUUCAAGUUGGAAGAGGAACUUGAUUUUGACAAUGCAGUAGUAAACAAACAUGGUGAUUGUUUACUGGACGAAUCCAAAAUACCAAUUGAAUGGUGGAACAAUGAGAAGUUCAAGGGCAUGGUUCAGAUGGACAAUGGUCACUGGAAGUUUGUUGACUCUGCUUAUGUGCCAGAACCUCCAAAUGCUUGAUAGCAGCAUGCAGCACUUGGUGACUGCACUUAAUAUAAUUUUAUUAAAGAAAUGAAUUUAAUAAGUUAAAGGGUUUGUCUCUUCUGAUUGAAAUAAAGACCCUUAUUGAGCCAGGGGCUUUGCCCGAAAGCUCAUGCUACCCUUUUACAGGGAACUUUCGCAGGUCAGAGUUCUAUUAGCUCUGACUCUUGCUAUGUCAUGGGGUUUAUGGUAUCUUAUUUAUGUAUUCUAGCAAAAGAAUGGUUAUAUGUAUAAAAAAACCAUGCCUAUUGUAAUCCAACUAGGCAAAAGAAAAAGGGAAUUUGCCUAUAUUUAUGAAUGUAAUAAAAAUAUCUUUGUAUUGGGUCCUUGCCAUUUUGGUGAUGUAAAUUUAUUUCCAGUGGUCUGCUACUUUUCCUAGUUUGUUGGUUGCCCAUAAUUGUUUUUCAACACCAAAUUCCUCUCUUAGUUUCAAGUUGAUCUCCAUUUUUUACCUUGUAUCAUAUAAAAAUUGAGAUCCAAUGGUGACCCAAGUUAACAGCUCAUUUGUUAACGAUGCCCGUAAGGUU